GUGAGACAGAGUGAAAGAGAGAGACCGAGGGAGAGUGAGAGAGGGAAAGAGAGAGAGAGCGAUGGAGGGAGAGUGAGAGAGCGAAAGAGAGCAAUGAGAGAGAGAGCGAGAAUGAGAGCGAGGAGAGAGAGAGAGCGAGAGAGAUAGCAGUCAGUGUGACAGAUAAGAGCGUGGCGGUGAAACUCUCUUUUUCCAUCUCUCUCUCUUUUUCCUUCACUCUCUCUGCCUCUCUCUCUCUCGCUGACUGCACUGUGGACGGAAGGGGGAUAGAGAGACGCAAGUGCACACUAAGGUGUCAGGCAGAGACGCUCCUCAGACUCAAACAAACAGACGCACACUCGCUCAGUCCCACACACACUGACGCACGCACACAUCCAAGGAUCCCACAGCCCCGGCCGGACCCGCCAGAGGUGAACAGAGAAGAAGAGAGGGACGAGAGGGAGAUCUAACUCAGGCAGGAUGGAGCUGUUGACGGAGAAAGAAAAGGAGAUGAUACGGGAUAGCUGGGAGAGCCUGGGCAGGAACAAAGUUCCUCACGGAAUGGUGAUGUUCUCCAGGCUGUUUGAGCUGGAGCCGGCCCUACUUGGGCUCUUCCAAUACAACACAAGCUGCGGCUCCACACAGGACUGCCUGGCCAGCCCCGAGUUCCUGGACCAUGUCACCAAGGUGAUGCUGGUGGUGGACGCGGCAGUCAGCCACCUGGACGACCUGCUGUCCCUGGAGGACUUCCUGCUGAACCUGGGGAGGAAGCACCAGGCGGUGGGAGUGGACACCCAGUCUUUCGCCGUGGUGGGGGAGUCCCUGCUCUACAUGCUGCAGUGCGCCCUGGGUGAGACCUACACGGCCCCGCUGCGCCAGGCCUGGCUCAACAUGUACAGCGUGGUGGUGUCCGCCAUGAGCCGCGGCUGGGCCCAGAACGGCGAGCACAAGGCUGACUGACGCCGCCCGCGGUCCCACACACAGGAGGUCGUCGUUGCUUCGAUCACCCUCCCCCCACCCAACCCGGGGUUGUCAUCAUAAUGCGGUACUUGUGUAACGGUUUUCAGUCGCUCCCUCAGAGUACAGGGUGCCAGCGUGGUGGUGGUGGUGGUGGUGGCGGUAGUGGGAGUGGAUGUAUAGUGUAGGCACACUUGAUGAUGUGCUACCGCGGUCAGAUCACAUGAAAGGGGGCACGCUGAGUUCUCUUUGGUAGAGGGGUUGGCGUUGUAGCUGCCGUACGAUGAUGCAUUCAUGCCAGAAAAAGGGGUUCUUCUAUAAAACCUGAGGCCCUCGUUAUCGGGCGAAAGAUGUGGAGAGUAGCCUUUGCAGGGUGAAGAAAUGCUUUGUAAAUAUUGGUGUUGAUAUAUCUACUCAAAUAAUAACGACUGUGGUGAUCUUUCGUGAUUAUUCUUAGCAAAAUGUGAAACCCUGGAUGUUAUAACUUAGGCAUCACGUGGUGUUUAAGCUGUGAUGAUUACUGUGACCCAAACAGGCGUUUCUAGGUCCUCUUUGGAUACAGGCCCGCAUUAUAGGAAAAAGGUUGGGUUGGAAAUAACACCUGUUUAUUGUUACCUCACUCUGAUUAACGAUGGAUCAUACAGAUAUACAUCAUACCUCCUGUUUUUUUGCGUACAACUUUGCUAGAUGACUUUACAGUGACUGUUAAUCUAUUGACAAUAGAAAACUUUUGAAUUGUUUUGGGCGAGAACUGUUAUACUUUGAUUACUUGGGGAUAUUUGACCAUUAUUACGCCACUGUUGUGCGCACCUUCUGAUUUUCAAGUGUUCACCAGGCCUGAGCUGUUGGAACUGUUGACUGCUGACUGUUCGCUAAAAGACUGUUAUUACCAUUUACUUUAAAGUUUGAAUAAGCCAAACAAUGAACAUCUCCGCUUGAAGCCAUGUAAAAACAGCAGCUAAUUGGCUCUUUGUUUUAGGAUUUUACUCCUGGUCAACGUGAAGUGGUUUGCCUGGGACAAAGAAAUGUUGUCCAUGUGAAGUACUUAAUCCGUCAGAAAAAGCCAGCGGUACCUCGUCUUUAGUUGUGGGGAACAGAUAUCUAUAUCUAUUUUUUCUAGAGUUAUGUAUUUUAUGUUUCUUUGAUUAUGUCAAGGACGACCGUACUACUAACUUUGCUCUCCCUUUAUUGAUAGAGGAGACGUCAUACAUAUAUAUAUAUAAAUAUAGAAAUAUAUUGUUUGCUGAGAUCGUACAUUAUGUGUUGCUGCUAUAAAACUGUGUUUAAGAUUCUGAAUCACUCAUAAUGCCAAAAUAAGUAGUUUAAGCAACAAUAUGCCAAGUAUUUGUAUAUAAAAAUACAACUGUAUAUCCAAGCUGCUGAUAUGGAGAUAUUGUUUCUUUUAAUUUCUAUGUUUACAUUCACAAAGUUUAUUUUUGUAUUCUGAUCUGUGUGUUUUUUAGUAUGGCGACUACUUGGUUUACCAAAACUCACACACUCCCUGUUUGUUGCUGUUGUUUUUACUUUUGUCUUACUGGUAAAUGGACCGAUGUGGAGCAAUAAGGAUUUAGAUUAUUUUAUUUUCAUUCAUUAAUUUAGUAAUUAAUUUAGCUUUCUUCAAGGUAGCAAAGGCAUAAAAAAAUCCCCUUUGACACUGGAAGGAGCUGUUAGCAAUCUUCGUUCAGGCUAACUUCCUAUCCUUUUUUGCCGUUAGAACUCCCUUCCCUCCUCCCUCCGUCACCAUAAAUGUGGGUCUGGUGUGGCUCUCCUUCUCUUUACUUCUGCCUUUAUUUUUUGCUUGGCGUGGUCAUCAGUGUAAGCCGUUUCUUGAGAGCGCUAGCAUCGGUACCUUCGCCUGUUCUGCCAUUGUCAGUCAACACUGAAAUCGCGCUGCCCACCCUUUAGGGAGCCCUGCCUCUUUGCGGGGUUCUCACUCCUGAUUGGAUAGAGUUGGAAGGGAAUUCCAGAACAUUUAUUUUCUGUUUACUCUAGAGAGGAGGGCCUGAGAGGCCCAUGUGACUGAUAUGGGUCCAUAGGCUGUUAUCAGUGAUCAGUGAUGAAUAUAGAGCUAUUUAACACUUAUUUUAACAAAUAGAUAUUGCUUACAGCGCCUUUGAUAUUGGUUAAUUUUUGUAUUUGUAUUGUAUUUUCCAUUUGCUAUUUUAGUGUGUGACUCAAAGAUUUUAUACCAUAAACAGUGGUUGAACUGUUCCAGCUAACUAUGAUAUAUUUUCACUGUGUGUGUGUAGGUGGUGUGUUUAAAGUCUUGGUUACAGUAAUUUGUCCUAUGCAGAUGGUUGUUGUUUUGCGUAAACUAUUUACGAUGAACUUGGUGUAGGUUUUUUCUUUUGGCAGCUGUGUUCACCAACUGCAAGUUUGUUUGAAAAUUCUAAAGCGUCCAAGCGUGUUUCUUGGAUGUGUCGACGUCUACCUCAUCUUUCCUGCCGCGACUGAAGCCACGCAUUAACAUUUGAACCAAAAGAAUGACCUCCCAUUGGACAGCUACGACGCAAAUCACACAUCCCUCAAGCCCAUCAGCCUGUACAUCGGAUCCAACUCUUAAAUACAAGUUGAAUACAACUCUCCAAUGCUAUUGUGUGUAUGUGUGAGUCUGUCUGUGUGUGUGUGUGGGUGUUGCUGAGAUUAAAAUAAAAGUAAACAUCUGU